AUGACUUUGAAGAAAUGGCGCUAGAUCGAAACCACUGUCACACUCGUCUCUUUCUUCUUGUUUGUGAAUUCCUUGAUUACUUGGUGGAUGAGUUUGAUGAGAAAUCGAAUGCCUUUGCCGAUAUUCUUACCGUACAACAUCGGCUUUCUCGUCUCCUUUCCUCCCGCGUCUUCCUUCGGUCCACAGAAUUUAUAUUUUUUCUUCCACACGAGAGAUUAACGUUAUUGAAAGAUAUGAUCAAUGAGGCAAUGCGCACUGAUCCAGCAAGAGAACAAAUAAAAGAAUGGUGUGACAAAUUGAAUGAUUGCGCUAAGCAGAAAAAGCUAAGACACGGUACUAUUGAGAAUCUGCAAAAUGAGAUACCGGAAUUAAAAGCCAAGGUCAAAUUAUUAGAGAAGGAAAUUAAGGAAAUUGAAGUACAAUUAAAAAAUCAUCACAGUGGUAUUGAUACGGAAUCAGAUGAUGCACGGUCAGAGGAAUCGGCAAGCGGGGUAACGGCAAGACAAAGAGCAGUUGCCAGAGCACAAGCUGCCAGAGAUGCUGAAGAAGCUUUACGGGUCAAGAGAAUUCGUGCCGCCGAGGAAGCUGAAUCACUCGAACGUUUAAUUGGUAUCAAGCAACUGGAAUACGAUAAUCUUGUGUCACUCAAUACCACUGAACGUGAAGAUUUGAAGAACAGUCUGGUUGGUGGAUCCGUUAUAAGAGCUGCUGGAAACUCUGCUAAUCAUGAGCUGUAUCAAUUUGCUCAAUUAGGUCAAGACAGAUAUUGUCGUAACUAUUGGUUUUAUCGUCCGAUAGGGGGUAUUUUUGUCGAAGAUGUAGAGUGGUAUAGAUCAUAUAAUAAGGAAAGAAUGGAUAGUAAUGGGAAAGCAGCCGAGAAUGGAGAGGAAUCAUCGGACGGACAACCAAAACGACAGUCUAGGUGGUGGGUAAUUGAUUCAAUUGAAGCAUACCGAGCAUUGAAGAAUUCUCUUAAUCCACGUGGGGUGCGUGAACGAGCUCUUGAGGCUAGCUUGAAAAAAAUCGAAGACGAAGUUAUAGAGAGUUUUAAACGACUCAACCAAUGGAUAGAAAGACGGUCGAAUGAUAACCAGGAAAUUCAGCAGGAGAAUGUAGAAAGAGAUGCUGUAAAGAAGGCUCUACAACGUGACGGGGACAUUCACAAGAUAGUUGCUAGAAUAGCUAGGGAUAUGAGUACACUGACAGUUUAUGAAUAUGAAUGUAUUAUGUGUGAAGCGAUUAGACGUAAAUUGAAAGUUUUCGAGGCAUGUUUAAUAGAAAUAAGGCCUGACCUCGUCAUUGAGCAAGCAGACUUUGAUUUGGACAAUUGUUCUAAACCCGAGAAAUUCUUCGAAUAUGUAAAGAAGUUGAUAUCUUCAACCGGGAUUGUUAUGUCUGAACCUACCAAUGAUGAGGGAGAGCCAGCAUCAGCAAAGACUGCGACUAGCAGUAACGAAGAGCAAUCAUCCAAUGAUCAGUCACCUUCAUUUAAAUGGUUAGCUAUUGCAUCAUCUCGAUGGUAUUGGUCAGAUAUACGAACAUUUUCCAGUGUGUGUGCAAUGUUGGACGAGUUAAUAGAGGCACAUGACGUUGAUGUUAAAGCGAACGCAAAGCUGAAGAAAGCAAACAAAUCAUUAUCGCGGGGGUUGUCUAAGAAGAACAACGACACUACUGACGCCGAAGAUGAGGAUACAGAUGGUGCAACUGAAGAAGGAAGAAGUCGCGGGAGGGGGGGAAAGGACAUUAUAAAGGUACGGACAUCUAGGCGAUUGAAAGACAAGCCGAAGAUUAAUUACGACGAAAAUUCAAUUAAUAAAUGUGGUGGAAGUGAUGAAAGCUUGAACUUUACCAUCUCUAAAUAUCAGACACGCUCUGCAUCUCGACUUCGCCCAGAUCAGACAUUGAUUCAGGAUGAAAUGAUGGGGCCAGUAACGGUAUCAUCUUCAGACGGACUUCGUAUUUGA